GUGUCGGAACUGGGACGGGAAGAGGAGUAGCAGCCCCUGGUGAAAAUGGAGAAACCAGCAACGCGUUGACAAGGAAGGGGAAACGGACAGGCGGUUGCGAUUCAAGGAGAGCUUAAAAAUCGGAGGAAGCAAAAUGAUGGAAAAAAAUACAUAGUGGGACUUAAAUCGAUUACAUCAUGCAAAUCGAGAGAUCUUGACUUUUUACACCAGAUCCGUAUGCAGUUUUCUGCGUAAAUACAGCACCGCACACAAAAAUAAACGUUUCUGCAGAAUAAAACGAGGUGAGGUAUGGCUCCAGCAAGGAACUCCAGUUUAAUCGAAGCUAAUCUGCUAACCAAGUAUUUGCACUGAGUACGGAAAGUGCCAGAAUUAAAACUUUGGGAAGUUGUUCGCUGCGGUAAAGCAUGUAAGAAAUUCUCUGCUUAUAUAUUUUGUUUAUAAUGUACUCCGACCAUGAAAGUCGCUAUGAAAAAGCAGUCGAUAUUUAUGGGAUUUGGUGCGAAUGUUCAACAAAUGUGAACGUGAAAUAAGCCGAUAUUAAAAGAGCGCUAAAAUUUUAUAUGUAUUCAAGUUCGAAACCCGGAAGACUGUAAACUAGAUUGCACACGACUCCAAGAAAACUCGAUAUCGAAACUGGGGGGAAAAACGCUGUAGAUAUACAAGGUACCUUGUGCUGUGAACAUUGAAAGGAUGCUGCACGUUAGUUGAAGAUUGGAUUUAUAAAAUAUAUAUUUAUAUGGCUGACCAAAGAAUACUGGGAGUUGGAAAAAUGUACAUACCCGUGAGUAGAUGAAGCCUGUAAAAUAAACGAUGGGUGACAGAAACUGGUAACAGAAAAGCAAUCAGUUUUGCAUUAAGUUUUAGAAUUAAACAUAUUAUAUAAUGUGGCUUCAGCAGAGACUAAAGGGGCUGCCGGGGCUCUUGUCGAGCAGCUGGGCAAGGAGAGUUCUUGUUGGAUUGCUGUUGUUCUUCAUUAUAUACUGGUACCUCAGCUCAGAUGGUAUUUUGCGGAUCUUCAGCAGUUCAGGGGAGCCUGGAGGAGCAACAGGCCAGUGCUUGCAGACAGAAAUUCAGAGAUGGAAGCAGGUCGCAGACAAAGGGGAGGGAAUUAUUAUAACCCCACAAAGUAAGGUGGUUGUACCUGCUGUAGUUGGAAAUGGACACUUCUUGGUGGACAUUGAUUCCAACAAACUGUGGAUCUCCUCAGCCCAGUCUGGUUCUGCCCCGGUCUAUCUGACAGAGUACUCGCCCUUGGUGGGCCUGAAGGCUUCCACGAAGCGCUCAGAGGCCGAGGCAGUGAUGCUUUGGUUCCGUAAAGGCUCUGUUCUGUCUGCCCGCUGCACUCUGAUGGGGCCUUCCCAGGCCACCCGGGACUGCGUCACGGUCAGAGAGGAGUUCAUCGCCCACCGCAGCCGGCCCAGGGUUUACCUGCAGAGGAUACACAUCACCAACCCCUCCGACAGGACAGCCACCUUCGAGACCUUGGCCCCCUCCCCGUCCUUCGGGAGCAAGUUCUCGGCUAGCGUGGAGAAGGUGGAGGACAAGGAGUUCGUCCUCUCCUCGGGGAGGGUCCUGACCGAGAAGAAGCAGAUCGUGCUGGUGGUAGUGGCCACAAAGAGACUGGCUGGCCGGCUGCAUGUGGGUGCCAAGACGGAGUUUGUGGAGAACGUGCUGUCGGUGGUCCACACCUCUGAGCCUAUCGAGGCAUCCAAGCUGGAAGAAACCUUCACCAGGCUGAGGGACGGGGCUAAGAAGGAGAUGGGGGAUUUGCUGAGAAUGAGUGUGGAAGAAAUCUACCAGGACCAUCAGCAGGCCUGGACAGACCUGUUUAUAUCUGGGGUGGAAAUGAGAAAGAUUAUGGACUCUCACACGCCGUCCAGUGACACAGUGAACACCACGUUUUAUUACGUUCUCUCCACCUCCACGGCGCCCCUGCUGGACAAAAGGAUCACUGUGGAAGAGCGCGAGAGGCUGGAGUCCAGCCUUAAUUACGCUGACCACUGUUUCAGUGGCCACGCCACCAUGCACGCUGAGAACCUGUGGCCAGCGCGGGUCACCAGCGUCGCCCAGAUCCUGCAGCUCGUCAACCUCUGGAACCUGACCCUGCAGAAACGGGGCUGUAAGGUGCUGGUGGCGGCGGGGGUUCACGGGGUGAUGCAGGGCAUGGUGCUGAGCUUUGGGGGGCUGCAGUUCACCGAGAACCACCUGCAGUUCCAGGCGGACCCUGAUGUCCUCCACAACAGCUAUUCCCUGCGAGGCAUCCACUACAACAAAGACCUGAUCAACCUGGCGGUGCUGCUUGACGCCGAAGGCAAGCCCUUCCUGCAUGUGUCAGUGAAGCCUCAGGAGAAGCCGGUCAAGCUGUUUGCCUGUGAGGCCGGCUGCAUGAACGAGCCCGUGGAGCUGACCUCUGAGGUCAAAGGGCACACCUUCCCCGUGAUGGUGACCCAACCCAUCACGCCUCUGCUCUACAUCUCCACAGACCUGACCCACCUGCAGGACCUGAGGCACACCCUGCACCUGAAGGCUAUCCUGGCCCAUGAGGAUCACAUGGCCAAGCAAUACCCUGGCCUCCCAUUCCUCUUCUGGUUCAGCGUGGCGUCUCUCAUCACGCUUUUCCACCUCUUUCUGUUCAAACUGAUCUACAAUGAGUACUGUGGACCAGGGGCGAAGCCCCUCUUCAGAAGCAAGGUAAUGACCAGCAAUGAUGACGUAUGAGACGGUAAGAAGAAAUCAUCAAAUACACGAUCUGAAGGACCUUCAAAGAAUCCAUCCAGAAUAUGUUUGGAAGUUGCGUGUGUGUGAAAACACUUUUAAAUUUAUUCUUAUAUUUAUUGUUAAGUGAAGGGUUGGGACGAGCUUAAUUUUCUUUACUGGUGUUGGUUUCAUACAAAACAGGAAGUAAUAUUGCUGUUAGAAGCAUGUCUUUAAUUUACUGGUGACUACAGAUAAUGGUGAUUUUGGAAAGGAUGUUACCUUCAGCUUUUGACUCCAUUGAUUAUAACAGGGUGACCCCUAGAUGAAAUGCAGGUGGUCACCACUGGAAAGGGGUUAGCACUCAGUCGCCAAAACUCAACAGGAGGAAAACCGUGUUCCAUCUUUAACGCAGGUUCAUUUCAUUCUUCCCUCAUUGUCUGCAGAAAGAUUUAUUUAAAUAAUUGUAUCUUGUUCUCCCGAGACAAGUUAUUUAUAAUACUGCAUUUAUAGUGGAUUAUUAAGGCUAAUUUUAUUCAGCUAAUAGCUGAAGGGUUUUGCAAACCUUAGAGCUUUCUAACCAUGCACAUAAAUGUCUUCAUGAAGUUUCCUGUUUUAAUUUUUUCUUAAGAAGUUAUAUUGUUGAUGAGCAGUAGGACAGUGAAAAAUCAUCUGCAGGUAAUUACUGAAUAAUACUGUCAAAAUAUUAUGACAAUCCAAAGGGAUUGAAUUAACUGUGUAAUUAUGAAGUUCUGAUGAAAUUCUAGACUGCAGUUCACAUAAAUCACAUAUACAGUAGCCAAAUAUUAGGAGAGGGUUGUUAUUCAGCAGGUCUAUACAGUUUAAAUGCCAGAGGUAAAUUAACUUUCCAGGGUAACUCUAGGUUGGUCAUUGUAUAGAAUGGUAAUGGGCCUAGAAUCAUUUAGAUGUCUUAUAACUGCUUUAAUUCUGAUCAUUUACAUAAAAAUCAACAGAAACCCCAGGUCCCAAGAGAGGAUCAGAAUAGCAUUUUAAUGCUUCAUUUAGAUUUUGAAGGUGUUGUUUUAUUUUAUUUUUGAAUGAAUUGAUGUCUUUAGUAUUAAUGGAUGUAUCUCACAGUCCUUAGUUCAUUUAAAGACAAACACUCUCAUUGUGUUACGCAAUAAGGGCUUAUUAAGUUUGUGGUUGCCAUGACAAAUCACAACUUUCAUGCUUGGAAUUCUGUAUUGUUUAUAAGACUUGUCUUUUACAGAAGGUUGUAUCCUGCCUUCACCACUUCAUAAGAACAUAAGAAGGUUUAGGAAUGAGUGGAGGCCUUUCAGCCUUCAUCCAGCCCUUUUGCUAGUUAGCACUUCAGUGAUUCAAGGAUCUCAUUCAGCCAUUUCUUGAACAAAGCGGGGGUGUCUGCUUCUCCAGCAUGGCUGAAUAGGCUCUUCCAGGCCUUCGCAACCCAACAAUGUCACGGAAAUCUGGAGUAAAAAGCUUUGAAAAUCACCCUUUCGGUGCUUUGGAGUUUCAGAAAGGUUUCAGAGAAUAUAUUGAGUAAAUUACCUGUAUUCCCUUUUUUAAUGACCCGGCUUGGAUUUAUAGAAUUCUGUUUUGUUCUCCAUGGUGAAUAUUCAAAGGAAACUCCUUUUGUAAAAAUCAUUACUGGGUUGAAAUCACAUAAUUAACACUUUGAAGAUUAAACACAUACAGAAUGGCUGAAUUGUGACCAACAAAUUCAGAUUGUGCCUGUUAAUGACACAUUUAUAGAAAUCAUUAGUUUUUUUUUGUGAGGCUUCUUCUCGAAACUGUGUGCAAUUAUGAUUGAAGGUCUCCGUGUUUGAAAGUUAUUUCAGACCAUUUUAAUAAAAAGGAUUUAAAAUAAAUGGGUGUUCAAGUGGAUUCAAAUGCUGUUUUUUCUAGAUCCAGA